UAUUUGCAUAAGCAAUGGCGACGGAAGUGGAUGAACGUUGUCUAAACGUUUUAUCGUUGCAUGGUUUUUAAUCUGAGCAAAUUAUGGAAAACAACACACAGAGUGAAGUAGAAAAAAUAAAAGAAGAGAUUUCGCAGCUCCAAGACAUACUAAAUUGUCAGGAUGGUGACUUUAGACUGUCAACUGACUCUAGUCAGGGCGAUUGCCUACAUCACCACCAGGCCGAUGCAGAAACUUCUUUGACAACAGGAGGUGAGGUUGGUGAUACUCAUGCGAAAUCCAAAGAUCAUGCUGAACCUAGAUUUUCUCAAGAUGAUGUACCUACCUGGUCUCAGUCAGGUGAGGAUGACUUACAUGAGGAUGAAGAGGCCCUUGAGAUGGAAGAAGAGGAAUCUGGAAACCUUGAAUCAUGUCUCAGGUUAAACCAGAUGUACCAAAACCUAAUCAAGGAACAGCUGCAAAAAGUACAACAUGCUCUUGUGCAAAACAGAGAGAGGCAGACUGAGAUUAAGAACGAAUACGCUGGCACCAUACACAGAAAAGAAAAGGUGAAGAAAGAUCGUGCUCUCCAGAGUAUUAAUCAAUCGUACUUCAUAGAUGAUAUGGAUCAGGGCCCACCUCCAUGCAAGGAAACCAUCAGACGCCAUGCAGGUGGAGAACCUCCAGCACAUAUAGCACCUGCUUUUAAGUGGCAACCGCAGUUACUGAAGAAAUUAAAAGAUGCGGUGAAGUCGGAUGGGAUGCAACAGUUGAUGCAACCAAUCUUGAAUCAACGUGAGGUGUUAAUGAAGAAACUGCAGUCUAUUGAAAUAACCAAAGAAGAAAAGGAUGAAGUGAAGCAGUCCAUUCUGGAACUUGAUGGCCGUUUAACUGCAAUCAAAAAUCUACCAGAUGAUGAACUUGUUGGCGACAGACUCAGAAAAGUGGAUUGGACUAAAAUAUCAGUGAUGGACCUGGAUGGGAAGCGCUCUCCAUUUGAGUGCCAAGUGCAAUGGCAGAACCGACAGCAUCCAAGCAUCAACUCUCUCAAUUGGACACCAGAAGAAGUUAAAUGUUUAGCAGCUGCCGUACAAGUGCAUGGGGAACAUGAGUGGGAACAAGUUGCAGAAGAAGUGGGGGGUGGACGUCUUCCAUGGCAGUGCUUGAAAGCAUACCAAAGAGAAAUUCCACAAGAUUCUGACAGCAUAAAAUUCACAGAGGAAGAAGACAAUCUUUUGGUUAAACUUGUUGACUCUUUCAGAAUUGGUAAUUUUAUACCAUUUCAAAAAGUGGGAUAUUUUAUGAACCGUGGUCGCAGACAUGUCUUGAUGCGUUGGCAGACAAAGCUUGACCCGAAUUUGAAGCUGGGUGCAUGGACAGAAGAGGAGGAUAAACUGCUUAAACAAGGUGUUGCAAAACAUGGAACAGUUUGGUAUAAGGUAGCAGAUGGUAUACCUGGUCGCCAUGCAACUGCUGUUCGUGAAAGGUGGAUAAACUCUUUAAAUCCCAAUAGAAAAGGUGGAUCUUGGUCAAUAGAAGAAGACAUUGUACUUCUGGAAAUGAUACUUAAAUAUGGACAAGGUAAAUGGAAACAAAUGGUAGUUGAACUGGCUGAACGUACCUCUGCAACGUCCCAAAGAUCACGUAAUGGUCUUAUUAUUAGACUCAGGCAUUUGGUAAUACAAAUAAACAAAUUUAAAAAACAGAUUCCAAAGAAAGCUAAGAAGGAUGAAAGGAAUAUUAAAAUGGACACUGAUCUAAAAACAAAAGAUGAUUUGUAUUUUUGGAUGAGAAAGUAUGUCUGCCAUCUAAAGGAGAAGUUAGUCAAAAGGAAGCAUGUCAUGAAUCUGGUUGAGCAGGAAAAAUGGGAUGAACUUCCAAACAAAACUGAAAUGUGCAAAUUGUUCUACUUGAGUGAAAGAAAUAAUAUAUAUUGCACAAAAUUAAAACCAAAGACAGAUGCUACAAAAUCCUGUAGAUUAAGAAAACGAACAUACAAAGAAAUGAUAAAAUCCGAAGACGAGAGCCAGUCAGAAGAUGGCACGGAACAAGAGGAUGCUGACCCCCAGCCAUCCAGACCAAAAGUUACGGGAAGAGGAAGGAGGAAACUUACCUUGAUGGACACAAUUGUUGUAGAUCAGAUUCGGCACUUGCUAAAACCAUAUGCCAGACACAUCAGUAAAGAAAGGCUAAAUAGAAUGUCAAAAGCACGACACACACUUAGCACCUUACGAGAGAAAAAUCUAAAUCGAUCUAACUACCUGGUUUACACUGCACUCUUGAAAGUCUUCCAGGUUAAUAUAAAUGUCACAGCUUCGUGGAUAAGACGUUUAAAGUAUGGACGAAAACACAGUUUAAUGCGUCGUAAUUUGUGCAAGAGCAAUUUGCAUAAGCUACAAUCCAGUGGCAAGACAGUUGCUUUGAGGAUACCUAGCAGUUUACCAGUACAAACAAAUCAAUCUGUUCCUGGAGCGCAACAGUUUCAAGAACGUUCUACCCCUCACACAACUGCUAUAACAUCAUCCAUUAUGGUUACACCUACACACCCAGUGCUAACAAAUAGUAAUGUAAUGGUCCAAGGAAGUCGAGAGAAGUUAAAAGCAGUCUCUCUAAUAGCAAUACCACAGGUUGUAGCAACAGCAGGUCAUGUACCACAGCCACAAAGAAGUUUUCAGACUCCGGGUCAGUUGCCACAGAAUACUACCAAUUCUCAGCUACCAGCACAUCUACUAGGGGCUACUUCUACUUUAAUGAGCCCAGGACUACCUAUUGUAACACAAGGUUCUGGAAUGGUCCAGUUCAGUGCACCUGGUCAAUACCAAUUCCAAACUACAGUUGGCCUACUGAACCAAGUAGGGCAGGUCUAUCAGUCACAAUUCACAGCCUUGAAAAAUCUUAUUCCUCAGCCAACAUUAGUGCAUCCGAGCCAGAAAACUCUGGUUACCACACCUGUUUCACUUACUUCUCCAUCGUCAGUUUCAGUAACACGAGUAGGCAUGACAGUACCUGCAAGUGCAUCUUUUUCAAACUCAUUAGCUACUUCUCUCUCACACAAAGCCCAAUUGAUCCAAUGUAAUUUAGCAACCAACAGCUCCAAUUCACCAGUGGUAAUAGAAACAUCACAUACAGCAAGAACAGAAAUACAAGACACAAGAUCUGUUGUACAAGCCAACACUACUGCUGUUAUUGCAGAUCAAACUUCUUGUGCAACACUGACUCAAUCUUUUAACUCUGGUGGUAAAUUUCCCACUACACUCAUCACUUCUGUUCCAGUUGCAAGCACUCUUCAGUCAGUUGUUCCACAGUCAACAGCUUGCAGCUCAACUGUAGUUGGAUGUAAUGUAAGUGACUUUCAGAAGUCACCUAGAAGUGCAUCCAGUGAUGCUGAAUUAAUGACAUCAUCAGUUGACAAAAAUCAAAUCAGGACUCAAAGUGGAGCUCGUGUUCUUUUACCUGAACAUCAACUCAAUGAUUCAUUAACACAGAGAAGUGAAAACACUGGCAAGCAAUCAAUAAAUAGUGAUGUUCAAGUCUCCACUGUCAGAACAAGUAGCAUUCCUCAAUUAGGCACUUCAUGUGGAGAACAUCAGCUACAAAUGACAUCUGAGGCAGCAGCUAUUAGCACAGCUAACACGGUAUCGUCGCCGAGUUUGGAAAGCCUUCCUGCAACAUCAUUAGUACAGAGUAUGCCAAGUCAGUCACCAGGAGGGCCCCUGACUAUCAAUCAGUCAUUACCUCAUGGUAGUCAAUUACUUGCAAAAAUGAUGCCAAAUAUUGUGGCAAAAGGAAUUUUGCUAAGGAUGCCGGGAAAUUUUGUACAACCUGGUGUCAUCAGUAUUCCAGGACAAGGGUUGCUAGUACCUGUGCAGAAUUUUGGUGCUCUAGCACAGACAACAUUUGCACAAAAUAUCCUGAUGCACCCUCUAAACAUACCUGUGUCUGCACAAUCAGCAACAAGCGUCAAUGUGCCUGCUAAAACAUCUGUUGUAUGUUCCUCAAACUCCUUUCCUGUAAACACCCAAGGGAACAACCAGUCUAAGAUUUCUGAGGCGACGGUUCAUAGCGGAAAGAUGUCCACAAGGAUAAGUCUUCCAUAUUAUGAUCCCUCAUUGCCGGUAAUGUCAAGGAAGAUAUUGAUAGUUCCAAAUCCUGGGAAAGAAUUCUCCUCAGAGAUGCUGCUAAUUGCAGCAAUAUCCGAAGUUGAAGAAGUCUCAGAUGCAAAAUUCCUUGUGCCAAUCACGUAUUUUGAACUCUUUGAUUUGCCUAUAUUUCACAAGCAACAGAUAGACAGGUCUGAUGGCAAACAUUCAAGAAUAAUCAUUGAAACAUUGAGAUAUGUUAGUAAAGGUUUAGGAAAUAAUCAAGAAAAUAUGACUUGGCCUCAGCCAGAACGUGUCUCUCAAACAUCUCCUGAUGUUGAAGGUCAUACAGUAGAAACUUCUAUCCAACAAACACCGGCAACUGUAUCUUUCAAUGAAAGCCUUGUCCGACUAAUUUUUAGAUCUCCUAAAUACUGGGAAAAAAAUAUUUCAAUCGCAGUUGAUGACCAUGGUAGGCGAUAUUUAAUUUACUGCAUAAAAGAACAGCAGUGCAGCAAAAAAUGCUCCUCAGUGACCAUAGAAAUCAGGCCAACUACUGAUAAAGAUGAAGAAAUCAUUUGUGAUUUUGUUAAAGCUGGUUCAAGAAAGAAACCUUUUAGAGUGAUUAUCCCUGGUUUGGGAGAGUAUGAGAUUUAUGAAGAUGUAACAAAAGCCAUAUUGAAACCACACACUUCUAUUACUGUAUUUAGAAGACAUCGUGCACAAAAGGAAAGGCAGCUUCCGUACCUUGCCCCGAACCAUGUCGAUAUCAAACAAGAGCAACCACAAAGACAGUCUGUUACACCAGCCUUUAUUGAAGAAUUGUGUCCAGUCUUUUCCAAUGAGGAGUUAACCAAAGCUGAUCGUCUGCGUUCAAGAGUGUUGGGCAACACAACGCAACCCCAUGGAGCAAUGUCUGUACCAUUACUUCCGCCAAACUUAGCCAAUGUCAAAGCUUUUAAAGGUUUACUUUUGCAUCGGAACUCACUGCACAAGCGAACAGAGAAGUUUGUUGUGCCAGACAUCAUUCAGGAGCGAAAUAAAAGUGCUGUUGAAGUAGCAAAGACGUCAAAUAAUACCUCCUCUAAAGGUUCACCAGUUAAAGAUGUUGAGGAAGAUGUAUUGAUUGACGAUCCAUUACAUUGGAUUCGGCAGACUUCUCAAUAUAAACUGUUCUAUUCUCGAUUUAAGUCACUAUUUGCUUGGCCUGCUCUGCUCAGCAGAAUGCCAUCAAAUUCUGCUACUAGCAGUUGUGCAAGAGAAAAUACACAACAUAAGGAAGCGUGACAGUCAAAAUUAUAUAAAUCAGUGACAUAACUUUCACAGAAACUAUCUUUGUUGUACAGUACUGAUGAAAAAGUAAUUGAUUAUUAUGUUUAUUAUUAUGAUUAUUAUUCUUAUUGAUUUAGUUGUUAUUUUUAUUACUAUUAAAUUAUUAUUAUUUUAUUAUUGAUAUUAAAUUAUUAUUCAGUGUUCAUGAAAGUAAUAAUCAAAUAUUCUUUUAAAAGAAGCGAGUUUAUUCAAUAUUAAUAGCCAUGUAACCUAAAAGUAAGUUUAUAGUCCACAGAAAUUUUUAUCAUUUAGAAAAAUAUGUUAUGAAUACAUACUAAAAAAAUGUUUUUAUUAAAGUACUGUAUUAAUAAAUACUGAAUGAAGAAAAUUAUACUUUGUAUUGUAGAGUUGUAAAUUAAAAGAAGUAAAUAUCAUACUUGUUCUUUAUAGUGUGGUUUACUUGUACUGUAAUAAGAAUAGUUAUAUACAGUGUGCAUAUAUUGCAGUUAUAUUACUAUUACAGUAUAAUUAUUUCAUUAUAUAAUGUUCAAAGGAUUCAAUGUGGCACUUACUUCAGAUCGACGAUUAAUCGAGAGGGGCACUUGCAAAAUACAGUAUUGAUGUGAUGUUUUACAUUUACCACAGGUUAAGUAGCCAAUAAAAUCCAAGAGUGCUGAAUAUUCGAAAAUUUACACAGGGGCGGAUUUGUGGGUGGUGGGGGGGGGGCGGCCCGGCCCCCUUUUGAGAGGUUAAAAAAAAGAAAAAACGAUAGCCAAGAACGCCUCAAAUUAUAUUUUCGGGCGUCUAAAACACAGAAAUUUCGCGAGGGCAUGCCCCCGGACCUCCUAUUUCAGUGUUGUCCCUUUCGGCCCCUCCUUUCCCCCCCCCUUUGGACAUCUCUGGAUCCGCCCCUGUUACAGAAGAGUAAAAGUGCAAAAACAGUCCUUAAAAGGUAAAAAGUCAGUCCUGUCUUUAAAGGUUUUAGUCGUACAGUAUGUCCUAGCCAGGAAAAUUACGAUUACCAUAUUGACAAAUUAAGAUGCAUAA